CAAGAUGGAAUCCGGUUUUGUUCAUAUAAAAGCUCGUUGUUGUUUCCAGUCAUCAGUCGACUCCUGUCUGUAGAAAAGAAGCCAUUUCAAGAUGAAACUAUACGCUGCCCAUUUCAUAAUGAUGGCGACCAUUUCCGUUGUCGUGUCGUCGAAACCCGUGACUCAAAUUGGAAAGAACAUUACCAAACAUUCGGCCAACGAGAAACAGGAGACUCGUAUUUACCAUCCCAGUGAAUUGGAAACGAGUGAGACAGAGAGUUGCAUCGAACAGUGUCAGAGAGACUGGAAAUUCGGAUAUGGUUGGGAGAAAUGGGUUGAUCACUGCUUACUUCAUGAAUGUGGCGUUGAACCUGAUCCCGACGCUCAUUUUUACGUGACUUUCUGAUUGGAACACUUGAGGCGCAAUGAAUAAUCAUAUUUAUGA